UUCAAGUGCGCACACAAGACGCGCUCCACACUCGAGAAUUGUUCGCGAAACUCCUUGGGGAAAAGCCCAUUAUCGGGAAGAGCAAAAAGUAACAAGAUGCUGUCAACAACGCGAUCUUUCACCGCCUUCUGCCACUUGUUAAUAUUCUGUGGCCUGCUGCUAACUCAUCACGGUGUCCAAGGUCAGGCGAAUAAAGUGUCCUCCAAGCUGGAUUUCGAUGAGAGCAACGGGAGCAACAAUCAGACGGGCUUAACCGGACAGCCGGGACAAGGGCAGGUGGGUGGAGUCACUGGCAAUGGGAGCUAUGACCAGGGCACGGGACGCAGCUUGAGCGGAGCUGGAGGAGGAGGAGGAGGCACCACCGGGGGAAAUCGACCCAAGAUCCAUGGCGUUCGGGUGACUGUCGAUACGGGCGAUGGACAGCAGCAAACGAAAGAGUCCAAGGAGAGCGUGGAAAUUACGGAUUUGGGCAAGCACAAGAAGCGUGUGGGCAUCCACACGGACAUCACGUUCGAGAUAACCUCGGAGGCGGAUGGAAACGAGACCAGCUCCGCCCAGCAGCAGGGCGACAAGGAGGACGCCAGUGUCCCCAUCUACAAGGGUCGCGGUGGCAGCGACUCCAAGCACAAGACUCGGAAACCAUAUGAUCCCAAGUCCCAGUGGAAUCCCAACUUCUCUGGGGAACAACGUGGCUACCAGGGAUCCUCCAGUCGAGGUGGCGGUGGCUACUAUCCACACUACGAUCCACAGAAUGUGUACACCGGCGGAAGUUCAGAUGCUGGGAGUGUCUAUCGGAAUGGUGAGACCUGGACACACUACGUUCCCGUGUGGACCACAGAGCGGGCACCGCAGGAGCAUGGACAGACUUAUCGUCGUCCCAGCUGGAAGCCCUGCUAUUGCAUGUCCUCCGGGGAUUUUAGGCGCCGUCGGGACAACAAGUCCUGGGAACAGCAUAAAGGUGUCAUCAACAGUGGUGUCGUUCAGGUGGUGGAUGGAAAGCUAGAGAAACCCUUUUCCUGAGACGUCUUGAAUUAUAUACAUCAUUCGUUUCUUAAUAAAAAGUGAGUAGGAUUGAUUAAAUAGAGGGAA